AUGCCAAUUAGACCUGCCCACGUGAUUUUUCUAUGGAUUUCCGUACUUUGCGUCUCCGCCGAGUGGACAAUCAGCCUGGAAUAUAGUUUAAACGGUUAGUGCCCGAAAAAUCGAUAAGAUUGCAAAUAAAACCGAUUUUUGCAGGUUUCACCAAUGGAUAUCCGCUGGGAAUAAUCGAAAUGAGACGCUCGUUCGACGGAAACUAUACCGGAACGUUCAAACCCGCACAGGACAAGACUUUCGGCCAAAAGUGCGGAGAUUUCCAAUUUUUUUGUAAUUUUUCGAGUUGCAGAUUGUUUGAGGCGAAAGAAAGCGCGUAUUCGGUGCGUGCCAAGUCUUCCACUCAACCCGGAGAAUCGUUUUUGACUACUAGCGAUUCGGUAGGCAAUUUUUCAAAUUUUUGCUCAAAUCAAAAUAGAGCAAACGUUUGUGGGUUCUCAAUGGAAAACGAAAAUUGUGGACCACGUGCAAACCACAAUCAGUAAUCGUAUUGAAAGUGGGAUCUAAUGGUCGCAAGACAAUGCUUUCCCAUGGCGUCGGCUCAAUCGUGCUGGAAAAACGCGCGAUUGGAAUUUGUUGCCAUGGGUGGGUAUCGAACUCGCGGGCGACCUCGAGAUCGGCGGCCGUGCGCCGUCCCGCCAAGACCACGCGUAAACGAGCGAGAGGAAGGCCGACCGGCCUAUGAUGUUGGAGGGCGCGCUCCGAAAUGAAAAGACGCGCGUUUGGGGUGGAAAGUGUAGGAUUUUUUGUAAUUUUCAUAUUUAAUCCGUCAUUUUCAGUGUCUGUUCCUGCACUCGAACCUGUUCCACGUCUUCUGGGUGGCCAUUUCGCAAGAGAAACAGCGGUUGCUCACGAUCUCAGUGUUCCCCGAUCCGGUCGCGUGGCAUAAAGACGAAAAUUUGUGAGUUUUCCCUCUAAAAAAUCACGAAAAAGUUCAUUAUUUUGACUUUAGAAAGUACAAUUCUCGAGCGGAAACGUGUGAGGCACGUGCCGGCGGCGCCCCGUUGACUGUCGAUUUGGAGAAUGGAACGCCGAAGGGAGUGGUGCAGGUGUUGGGCCAAACCACCCUUCCCAGGCACGUUUUUAAUCCAAAUGUUUGAAAAAUUUGAAUUUUUCAGCCCGGACACGGCCUCGUUCGUCGCCAAAUUAGAGCGGGAGAAGCGGGCGAAACAACACGGCGCCGACGCGGAUAAUCGCAGUUUUCUGGCCAAAUAUGUAAGCAAAACGGGGGCGAUUUUAGCGAAAUACCCCAUUUUUUAUCUUGUAAAAACGAAAAUGACAGUAUAUUUUUUUUUAAAUAUUUUUGCAGUGGAUGUACCUGGUGCCCGUCGUCCUUUUCGCCGUCAUCUCGAGUGCGGUGAAUCCGGAAGCGGGAGCAGAAGGCGCAGCCCAAUAA